AUGGAAGUAGCAAACGUGCCCCUUUCACCCAUGGCCUCCUUUCAAAACCAGCCGCAGAUGCUGCACUACGAGCAGAGCUCCACUCAGCCUCGUACAGAACAGAAGAAACAACCAAAACGCAUCGACGAAAUCAGCGUGCUCGCCAACGGCAAUGUCAUGAAGCACCAGAAGUCUCGCCAGAGACGUAUUUUGAGCUGUGUGCAUUGCCACUCCAAGAAAAUCAAGUGUAGUCGUGACCACCCCGAGUGCCAAAACUGCCAGAAACUCAAGAUCGAGUGCAAGUACUUCAUCAACGAGCGUGUGAGCAAGGGCCGCCAUCGUAGACCGAGCGCGCGGAAAACAAGCAUUCCCAAGCUCCUCGAGCUUGCGACCCUGGACUCGGACUCGUCUGUUCCCUCGUUGAAGCAGCCGGAGACAAUGAUUCGUAAGGAGUCUUUGAUGUCGGAGAACUCCAGCGGCAAUGGCUCCAUCACCAGUCCAGACCUGUCGGAGUUGAAAAGAGAGCCUCACAAUGGAAAUGGUAUUCAUCAUAUGGACACUUCCAAUGAUAUGUCUGUAAAACCUGAACCUAUGAUGAACUCAAACGAUCUGCCCAUGAAUUACCAUGUCAUGGGAGGUGCGUUCUCUCCUAACGUGUCAUCUCCUGGCGGCAAGUUUUCUUUCCACAAAACUCCAAAUGCGUUUUUUCCUUCGAACAUGGCUUCGCCGUCGUCAAACAUGCUUCAGGCACCCAUCGCAAAUCUGGCUAGUAACAACAUCACUAAUAAUUUCUUCAACACCAAUUAUGCUACUAGCAAUAGCGUGCCCUCAACUGUGGGUCCCGAUGAUCAGUUCUCCUUCAAUUUGAGCUCCUUUACGUUCGCGCCUGCCACUGAGAAUAUGAUCAACCGUGCUCAGAAGAAUCCUAUAGCUCAGAACUCCUUUGGCAAGGAGAACGAUUCCGACAAGAGACUUGAACUGAAACUCUUUUCGGGCAUUGCGGAAUUGAGCUCCACCAAUCUUAACGGCUUGAUCAAAAGUCAGACUACGAACUUCGUCGAUGGACCAACUCCACCAGGUUAUCCGCUCACUUCUAAUAUUUCAACGAGUACGCAGUCUAUCAAGAAUUCUCAACCAAUGAACCUGGGCUUGCAUAAUUCCUUGAACGCGUAUCCCUCGAACCCAGAAACGACCAUUAAUUACUUGUAUGGUACGAACACCUACUAUGAGAAUGACAAUCUCCUCUCUGAUCUCAUAACACAUCUUCCUAAUUCGAGAGAGAGAUCAUACGAAUGUAUUGACAGGUACGUCAACUCGGUGCACAUUUUGUUGCCAAUUUUGGUGAACUUACCUGAGUUUUUAAAGCAGCAUGACAUCUUUUGGGAACACUUCGAUCCCUACAGAACCAUGUCGCCUACCUCUUCUUCCUCCUCUUCGUCCUCGAAGCAUAUUAAAGAUUUCAACUUCCUUCAGUUCUACACGUUAUACUUCCCAGUUUUAUACGCCUCCACAAUCUCCGAAUUCGAGGAGUAUGAUAAUUUAUUGUUGAAUCAGGAUAUCAACAAGUACUUGAAGGGGUUUAAUAAGAUCUGCCAAUACUAUAAUUACCCACAUGGAAUAAAGACGAUCCCAAUUCUUUUGGGUAACGUUAUCAUCCAAUCGACUUCUCCAAAUCCAUCAACCAUGGAAAUGUCACAGAUCAUCAGAUACGCCAAGUUUCUUCAACUUCACAAAGACCCAUUGAUUUCGUUAAGAAUCAGCGACUGGAAGGUCGUCAAGUUUAGGAGAAUGCUUUGGUGGGUCAUAUUUGGACUUGACGCUGUCAGUAGUCACAACUUUUGCUUGCCCCCUGUUUGUAAAUUCGAUGAUUUCAAUGUUCUCUUGCCUGAAGAAGAAGACCCUGUCUUUGACGAAGCUGGAAACUUGGUCAAAAAGAGGCUCAAUGUUACCGUUCUUGCUUUGACUGUCAAGUUCAAGUAUGACAGAAUAUUGAGUGAGUUGGUAUACCAUCUCCAUCAUGGACUAGCAACAAACAUCACGACCGAGGAAAUUAAUGAAAUCAAGUUAAUGAUUGUCAACUUGUUCCAUUAUAUUCACAAGUCGAUCAUCAAGAUGAAUAACUUCUACAAAGCCAACCCACCAACGACUGUGCCAGAAAUGAAUCUUGUCAAUUUCAUCAAAAACCAUUCCUGGAGUUUUGUUGAUAGAGCUCUCAUGCUUUUGCACAAGAAAAUCCUUCUUCGGGACCCGGAGAAGAACCCUGGCCUUGGCGAUCCAAUUCAAGACAGCUACGAACUCUCCUCCAAGCAAACUCAGAACGGCAUUUUGUCUCUCAGUCAGUUUGAAGAUACUUUUGGUCGUAUACAAGAGGCUAAUAUCAUCAAGAAUUUUGACAAUUCUUCAAUCUCACAGCUCAAGUUUAAUCAGAACGAAUUGUUUGCUUAUGAAAACCUUCACAACAAUUUGAUCCCCUCAAUUCUCCAUAAUUUGAAUGAUUUCUUGAAGUACAAUGAUUUCAUCAAGUUUGGAAGAUUCAACUGGUACGUCAAGCGCACAAUUCCUCUUGACUCGAUCAUUUUGUUGUUCGUCAUCAUUUGCGUUAAAUUCAAGUACGAGUUCAUGACUCCAACCGAGUUGGUAACAUACGUGAAGUUAAUCAACAAAGCACUUUUCAUCCUCAACAGAAAGUACUUCAAGAAUGAGAAGUACAAGAGAAUGUUGUCACUCACCAACUUGACUUGGGAGUACAUUUUGAAGAAGCACAACGUGGUGAGAAGAAUCAGCCAAACAGGAGAAAAGAAGGCCAGUUCCCUAGUGCAUUUCUUUGACCAUCAAGUAAGUGGUUUCAUGAACAUGAGUGAGUUGUUUAGCAUAAUGGACGUGCCUCAGCCUGCGCUCAUCAAUAACGGAGUUAAUUUCGGAAGCAUCAAGCUAGACGAAACCCCAAUGCAAAUUGAUCAUCAACGGUGGGAAGCUGAAGAUUCCGAAUUUGAGUCACCAGAGGGUAAAUUAAUACGUCCAGAUUCUCCUCCAUCUCAACUUCAGCAACAACUCGAAGAGAGAAGAGAAGAUGAGGAUGAGCAAGGGUACAAAUUGAAGGUCAUGCAACUCAGCGAGAAGAUCUACUACGAUUUGCGAAACAACUUUGUUGACAUCAACGAUUACUGUACUUUUUACUCCUCGUUAGAGAACGUCCUCCAUGAGCUCAUGGACUACAUCAACUCAGAUCUGAGACACUGA